GAAAAGUUGCAUUUGAGAAGUUGACAGAUUUGGAUUAUAAGGGGGAAACUUAUUAUACAAUUAGAAACUUAUCUUUGUAUGAGUGCCAGGGAUGGUGUAGGGAGGAGCCGGAAUGUCAGGCUGCCAGCUUUAGUUUCGUGGCUAACCCCCUGACCCCCCGACAGGAGACUAUUUGCCUGCUGCAAAACAGUACAGCAGCAAACAACCCUGGGGCUCAACCACUGAAGGCUGUGUCCCAGUACUACAUGGUGAAGAUGUCCAUCAGAUCGGAUCGUGUGUGCGCGCGCCCUUGGAACUUUGAGCGCGUUCCGAACAUGAUGAUUCAGGGGAAUGAUAAGCGAAACUUUGUGUGUCGCAGUGUCGAAUAUAAUUAUGUGACUCUACAAUGUCGACUCUCAGAUUUCGACAGACGAACCCCUGUCGACGAUUUUAAACCAAUUGAGUUAAUUGAUUCACCGGGAAUUGACUAUUUUGAGAAUCUCUGUUUGACCAAUGAGAAUAGCUGUGAGGAUAACAGGGUUUACACAAUCCCAAGGGUUGGAGUUCCGAGUAACAAAAUUGCGCUCUUCGUUAACGUUCAUUUCUACGUAGAUAAAGAACUCAUGGCAAACAGUGCCCCAGCUUGCCAGCGAGCUUGUGAGAUAGAAACUGAGUUUCUCUGUCGGUCAUAUCUGUACCUGGGACCUCCUACAGGUCCAGAGUACAACUGCCGUCUAUAUCACAUGGACCACUGGAGUCUACCUGACGGACCAUCAGCCUUUCUUGUCAAUGAUCGCCCUCUUAUAGAUAACGGAGGCCGAAUUGGAACCUUUUACGAGAAUCGGUGUCAAAAGAACUCUCAGAAGCGUCCAAAAUCUCUUGAUGAUGAGGAGGAUGAUACCAUGUUAUGUAAACGUGUUGUUACAAAGGACCGGCGGUUUAUUACGCAAAUCACGUGUUAUGAGAAGGGGAAGGAGGGGAAACAGCGCAAAGGGAUGAAUAUGCCCUUAUUUGGAAAGCAGGGCGGGGGCGUGCUGUCCUCUCUUUUUUCUAAAAUAGGCCGUCAAGGAUCACUUCCGGCGGAGGAUGGUUUGGACGGCGGAGCUAAUGGAGAAAACCAGGGUGGAGCCUCUGCUGGCGGUAGCCAAGGGGAUGGGAAUGGCGGAGCGGGAAAUAAUGGAGGAAUAAAUGAAGAAAAUGCCAAUGGUGGAAAUAGUCAAAAUGAUAUAUUUGGAGGAGAUAGCGCGUUGGGCGGAGGGUUGGGAGAACUUGGCGGAUUGGGAGGAAUUGGCGGAGAGUUAGGAGGUAUUGGUGGAGGCCUAGGGGGAAUCGGCAGUGGUUUGGGUGGAAUUGGCGGUGGUUUGGGUGGAAUUGGUGGGGGUUUGGGUGGAAUCGGCGGGGGUUUGGGUGGGAUUGGCGGAGAUUCGGCAUCAAACGGCGAUAAUCUAGGUUUUGAAGGCGGAAACAAUGAAAAUGGACUCGGCAAUGGCGAUCUAGGGUCCGGCGGUAAUGGAGGUCUUGGGGGAGGCAAUAUCGGCGGAGAUAAUGGAGGCGCUGGAGGAGAUCUAAACGGCGGAGGCAAUAAUGCUUUAGGAGCAUCGGAUAUAACUUUUAUGGGUCGCGAUCAAGAGCUAAAGAACUGUGUCGCAAUGGCUAAAGAUUCAAGGUCAACAUUCCCAAUUAUUGAUGAGAACGGGUGUCCUGUCGAUCCUACCAUCUUCCCCAGGUUUACUCCUGAUGGAACAGCCCUGCAAAGUAGUUACGAAGCAUUCAGGUAAUUUAUUUCAGGACUUAUUUUAAAAAGGAGUAUGUCUAAGAGAGCGGUUGACCAGGUGGAGGGGGUGGACGGUAACACCAUGAGUCUCAGCCGGGAGAUAAUCGUUCUUGACUUCGGGGACGAGACAAACAACCCGUCUGACAACGUGGAAACUAAUUUCUCCGGGAACUUGACUGAUUUCAAACUUGACGCAGUUAAUUGGAAGAGUGAGACUGUUUUCUCUACAAUAGCUGAACCUGAAUCCUGUCCCUCAAAAUCCUCAGUUCUUGCCUUGUCUGUGGUGUGUGCCCUGCUCNGGUUACGACCACGGGAUUUUAGGGAUCAGUGA